CGCGCCGUGGCGAGUGACGUCAGGGGCGUGUGUAGAUGCAUGAGUGUGCUGCCGUCGUGGCAACGCCAUUGCCACACGACGACGAAUCGACCAAACACCUUGCUCGCUUGCGUGAGGACAACAAUGGCGCAGCGGUGCCGCGCGUGAAAGUCACGACAUCCGAGUCGGAGCCGACCCACGCUGCGCAUGACGACGGCCACUUCGCGUCGACGGAGUUCGAAUACGACGUCUCAUUUGACGAAGUCAAGAUCGGGCUGUCGCUAGAGGUCAUCCAUCCAAAUGUUGUACGCGUCAAGGACACCUCGGGGCCGGCGAGCACGUGCGGUUGCAUUCAGGUUGGAGACGUGCUCGUUCGCGUCCAUGGCCACGAUAUUGCUCACGACCGGUUCGCGCAAGUCAUGCUCACGCUCAAGUCGGCGCCGCGCCCGCUGCAUCUGCAUUUCCGUCGCCCCAUGCGAGCAGUGGAGCUUCCACCAAACUUCGAGCUGGACCGGGAACAUCACCUCGCCAGCGCCUGGCGGCCCAACGACAUGGACAGCGUGUGUGCUUGUCACGAGGAAGAUGACGAAGGUGACGACGAUAGCAACGUCGACACUGCUCACGACGACAGCUACUCGCUUCCCGGCUCGAGCAUCAGCAGUCGCCAGUCUCGAGCUCUACGGCGCGCACCUUUGCAAAGAACGGAUGCGCCAUGUCGGCAGCCCGACGCGCCAGAGAACGAUGGCGAAGGCCCUCUACCGACCCGCGCGCCAUCGAGCCUUGCCGCGCAAUGGAAAUCGAUCACGGACUGGUCCUUUGGACUAACCAAGUUAUCACCGCCACCGCCUUCAAUCAUCCAACCUUUCGACGACUUUCAAACCGCCAUGUUGUCCUUGCGAAUCGAGCCACCCACAGCGUCGUUGCUGCCGGCAACUCCAGGCCGACCAACACCGAGCGAGGACGGCGCCGCGCUGCUACUUCGGUGGCAGCCCUGCGUUGGCGCUAAGACGUAUCACUUGCAGCAAUCUCGCGACUGGCCCGUCAAGGUGUGGAAGCAAUGCAGCACGACCCCCAUUCAGCCGAGCGUUCGCCAAACCGAUCAUCCAGCUGGGGACGCUGAGGUGCCGACGGACAUGGCGCUCCUCGAGUGCGUCGUCUACGGCCUCGACUUUAGCCGAUCGUAUGUGUUUCGGGUCCGGUGCGCGCUCGAGUCGGGUGCGUGUGGAGACUUUAGCGACGCCAGCGAUGCUAUCACCACGAGCCCGAAAGCACCCAACGCACAGAGCCCCGUCAAGAUGAGCGGAGCAUGUAUCCCGACGCCGCCGGCCGACGUCGCCCUCGUGUACCAUUCCGACUUUGAAGGCGAUUCGAACGCCAUGAGUUUGGUCGUGACGUGGACGGCUGUGCCACACGCUACAGCGUAUCAAGUGCAGUGGAUGCGGCAUGGCCAGCGGCUGGUGUGGCGCAACUCCCCCGAGUUGAGUGCGUGGGAAGUUGCUGUCGACCAGCCAAGCCCGGAGAGAGUGGAGAACGAGACUGCUGCUGCUGCUGCUGCACCAACCAUGCAAUACAUGUUGCAGGGCUUGGCUUCAUGCACGGAAUACGUGGUGCGCAUUCGAGCUGCAUGUCGUGCACCGACCGCAGCAGUCGUAUGGGGCGACUUUAGCGCGUGGUCGUCGCCGUUGGCCACGAUCGCGAGCGAAGAAGACUUGAUGCAUGCCCGAGACGCGCUGGCGAGGAAGGAGGCGGCCAUGGCAGUCGUGGACCAUAUCAAGAACAUGGCCAACUCAGUCAAAGAGGCCGUCGGGGGCCGCCCGCCCGCGACUGCACCGGCCAGCAGCAACAAUGCCGGCCUCUUUGCUCAAGUGUGUCAGCUGUACAAGUCCUAGCGCGGUGUACCCUCCCAGCGCCGCCGCAACCUUUUUCCCCCGUUCGAUCGCCCUCAUGCAGUUGUGCAUUUACAAACUGAACUCGGCGCAAUUGCAUGCAAUUUUUAUU